CAUGUCUGUGAGCCAACUAAAACCGGAGGAGCAGAUGGUCAUUGCAGCCUCCAAGAAUCUAUCAAUGGGUCCCCAACUAUUUGGAGAAAGCGAGUUCAGUUUCGUGGCUGCAAAUAACUGCAGUGUGGCUCUCCAGCGGGGAUUCUACUUCUCACUUCGCAUGCCCGACUGGGCAAAGGACUUUAAGCACCAGACGCAGAAGAUCCUAUCCCAUGAGUUUGAAGGCUCAAGAAGAAGCCACAAAAGCAGCAACGAUACGAACAUAUCGAAAUUCCAUGGAGAUCACCGUUCUGAGCGUUAUGGCGUAAUCUUUUCGGAGAGCAGUGCACAAUUCUUUGAAAACAUUCCCCGAGAAAUGCAAGUUUCCAACCUAACGAAAUCGAAGCGAUCACCCAAGAUCAAGGACGACUUGACAUGUGGCAAAAAGGUGCCAUCCUAA